UCAUCAACCAAUCGCUCUGUGGGUUCGGUGCAUAUUGAUUGGCCUUGGUAAGGGUGCCGAAGAAUAUCCGUCGCUUUUUCAUGGCCCGAUUAAUACAAGAAGAUCCUCUUUUUUACCUUUCCCCGCUCGAUUGUAGUACUUGCUUUCAUUAUCAAUCGUCGCCGCCAUCCGUAACUCCGACAGAAACGACAGUCAGUAUCUCUACGCAAGCGGGAAUCUUACAGGUAGUCACAAUGCGCUGGGGGCCUGGUCGUUGCGGCUGAUCGUGAGGCUUUACGUAACAAUCUUGGGCGCUGGAUAUAAAGUGGCUCAAGAAGCGUCUGGGGUGCUACAUCGAGCGUUGAUAUGGCUUCGGUUUCUACGAUCAAGGGCAAUGCCUUGCUGUCACCCGAUUUGGAUGUCUCCGUAGAGGUGGCAGCGACCGACCAAACCGCAGAUACGCCGGGCCUGGAAGUAGACAUUCCAACCCCGGACAAGCUAGCCACGGAUGACAAUGCUCGAGAAAGCCCAUUUGGUGAAGGAGUCCUAACCCCGAACAGCACCACAAUGAGCGUCGCACGGACACCAGGCAGCGAUACCGGCCGACGAAAGGACACCGCACGGAAGCCCAGGCGUGUCCGAACCGGCUGCCUCACUUGCCGAGAGCGCCAUUUAAAGUGUGACGAAGCUUUGCAUCAGUGCCAGAAUUGCCGGAAAUCAGGCCGGAUAUGCAGACGUGGAGUUCGUCUCAAUUUCAUCGAUACCCAAACGGUAGCGCCGCCUCACUAUAUUCCACGCCCUCCGGGAUCCCGGGUGACGUUCCGUGACGAGUCUAGACAUAUAGCUUCGGAGUAUGUUGGGGGAUUUGAGAGAUAUCCCCCGCCAGUAGCGGACCCUCCUUUGAAGGCGGGCAAUCUCACGAGCCCUCUGCCGUCUGCGUAUAAUCCGCAUGCCGCUCCCUCGUUUGGAGCGGGUCCUGGGGCUCAACCGGCCAGUAUAAAUGCUACGUUUGGUAACCAUCCGCAUCCCCCAUAUCAGCCUCUUCUAGAUCAAAGCGCUUCGUAUGCGCCUUUCAACUCGGCUGGAAAGGGGGAUGUAAAGUCCAAUAACUACGCAUGUCUUCAGGACCCCGACGAUGUCUUCCUGAUGCAAGUCUUUGUAGAAGAAGUUGGUCAAUGGAUGGACUCGAUGAACGAUGUAAAACAUUUCACGCAUAUCUUGCCGUUCCAUGCGCUAGGAGAACCGAUGCUCUUGAGGGCGUUCAUGGCAUGUGGUGCCCGUCAUGUAUACCUCAAGAACCCUUCCUACGGAGAAGAAAAAGCCUCAUAUUUCCAUGAUGCGGCUUCUAGGGAUCUCCUUAGCGCGCUACAUGACCCAGACCGAGACUCUGCCUUAUGUGCGACAACAGCUGUCGUCCUCAAUGUCUACGAGCUAAUGUGUUCAAAAUCUUUCCCAUCGAUCCAUGGUAUGAACCACAUCGCUGGUGCGCGAGCCCUCAUUAAGGAGUGUCACUGGGACGCGAGGACUCAAGGUCUCGGGGGGGCCUGUUUCUGGCUGAAUGUUAGUAUGGAACUGCUCAGUUGUUUGCAUUUCAAUUGGGCGUUGGCUUGGGAUCCCGACACAUGGGGUGUAAAUAUGGACUUCGAACAAGCCCACCCCAGCGUUGCAGGCAACGAGGAACUGUGGACCCACCGCAUGGUCUAUAUUUGUGCCAAAGUCGUGAAUCUUCGGUCGUCCAUGUCUCAACUCCAGCCCUUGGAUCGUUCGACCAACGACCUGGAGAUCAACCAUCGCUGUCAGGAAUGGACUAUAUACAAUGACUGGUGUGAUAAAUGGGCGAAGGCCGUGCCUCGCUCCAUGAUGCCUCUUGCGUUUCUGCCGUCGUGGCAGACCAACUCGAAAUCCGCAUUUCCAAAGAUAUGGCUUAUCAAACGAGCUUCAAUUAUAGCUCGGCUGUUCUAUCAUACGACUCGAAUUCUCCUCACAAAAACGCAUCCCUUUGAAAAUGAGUUCAGCCCUGAGAUGCAAAGCGUGCAGCAAAGCCAUGCGCAUGACAUAUGCGGGAUUGUUGCAAAUGUGAAAGACAAAGGAGUCGCUAGCCUGUCCAUUCGUUUUUUGGCCGUGGCUGCCGAAUGUCUCGCCGCCAAGGAGGCUCAGGAAGAGGUCUUCAGGAUCAUUGACGACAUCACCAAAGAGACCGGAUGGAGGUCUGAACAAGUCAAAGAGGGGCUUCAACAAGCAUGGGGCUGGAAUCCAGCCCAGCAACAUCAACCAGUUCCGGCAGAUCCAAAUGCACUGCCUUUGCUUAGCGACCACACCUUCGACAUCGACCCUACUUCGACUCUCCUUAAGAUGCCGCCGGGGGUUGUCAACCCUAUCAUGGCGUUUGCGGAUUUCUCCAUGGAUAAUCACCCGUAUCAAGAUCAUUACGUUGCGCCGCAUCAAAUCAGUGAUUACCAAUGCGGGAGCUUAUAGAUGUUAUUUGUAACGGUAUGGCGGCGUUCUGUGGGACUUGUUCAUCAUUUGUGCGAUACCCUUUGCCGGCGUUAUUCUUAUGAUACCUUCAUGAUGUUGCUUUUCUCUUUCGCUAUUGGGUUAGACAUCUUAUCCAUAUAACGUGGUAUUAGUGGUACAGGUUAUAUAGAAAGCCUUUCGGUUCUUUGGUUAUAAAAAAUGCAACUGUUUAAAGCAA